UCCCACUGCCUUUGAAGACCAGCCAGAGCACCGACCAGACAUCCACUGCUUCAGUCCUCCUGUUCAAUUACUAACGGCAAAGGCCAUGUUUGAACCGUGUUUCUCAUUAUCAUGGUGAUUUUUCAUCGAUAUUAUACGAUUUUAGUUAUAUAAUGCGCAGAUAAGAAGAUUUUGUUUGCAUCAAUCGGGAGGACGAGAUAAUCAGUUAAACAAAGCCAAAAAUAAAAGAGAAGAUCAUCUGGUGAUAUAACUGAGGAGGAUUUUAUUGGACAGUUUAUUGGAACAGUAGCACACUCAUGGAGAUUGCAGUGACUCGCGUCCUGCUGUUUUUGGCUGGGGCGUGCUUUGUAAAGGCCCUCAAUGAAGCCUCUAAUGCAGACACCUCCAAGGGCGAUGCCAGUCACAAAAAGCCGCCUCAAACAUCUGAGAAAAAGCCGAGCCGCUGUUCCUACACCUUCAUCGUACCUCAGCAGAAGUUAACCGGGGCACUUUGCGUGAGCACCGAGACGGCCCGUGUCAACCGCUCUGAGAUGGCAUCCUUGCGCGCGCUGCUGGACCGGCAGCAGGAACAGCUGGAUACAAUGCGUGGACAGCUGGAGAAGGAAGGCGCACUGGCCAAUGAGAUGAGAGUCCUGCGCCGGGAGAGCGUCAGCAUGAACGCCCGCAUCACCCAACUCUACGCCCAACUGCUGAACGAGAUCAUCCAGAAGAAGGAUCAUGCUUUGGAGCAACGGCGGCUCGAGAGUUUGGUGCUUAACGCAACAUCCCAGGUGCUUCAGGUGUCCAGCAGUUACAGAGACCUGGAAAAGAAGUAUGACACACUCACUUCUCUCGUGAGCAACCAGAGCCAACUAAUCUCACAUCUGGAGAAACAGUGCCAGCUCAAGAAUCCCACUAAAACACUGCAGGAAGCCACACCUUUUCCGGUUCAACAGACAAGUACUUUGUUGAGUGAGAACACAGAGACUAAAGAAGUUGCCAGCAAUGUCCAAAGAGACCAAAGUGUCCAUUUGCACCAGGAACAGAGUCUGCAAGUACAGCUGGAGACGUUCGAUGACGUUCCCAGUCCACCAACUGACACACCUUUCAUCAGUUACCCUGUGACUAAAUCUCCAGGGCCGUGGCAUGACUGUCAUCAUGCGCUGGAGUCCGGAGAGAAGAGCAGCGGCAUCUACCUGCUGCGACCACGCAACACGAACCGUCUGCUGCAGGCCUGGUGUGACCAGAGCAGAGCUCAAGGUGGCUGGACCGUCAUCCAGAGGAGACAGGAUGGCUCGGUCAACUUCUUCAGAACCUGGGAUCAGUACAAGCAAGGCUUUGGGAAUCUGGAUGGAGAAUACUGGCUGGGUUUGGAGCACCUGUACUGGCUCACCUCGCAGGCCAAGUACAAGCUGCGAGUAGCUAUGGAAGACUGGCAAGGACGACAGGUGUUUGCGGAGUACGACAGCUUUCAGGUGGAAGCAGAGAGCGACUGGUAUCGUCUACGAUUAGGCAGUUACCAAGGCAGUGCAGGAGACUCUCUCUCAUGGCACAACAAUAAAGCGUUUACUACUCUGGACCGCGAUAAGGAUGCCUACUCAGGUAACUGCGCUCAUUACCAGAAGGGCGGUUGGUGGUACCACAUGUGUGCUCACUCAAACCUGAACGGUGUGUGGUACAGAGGCGGCCAUUACAGAAGCCGAUACCAGGAUGGCGUUUACUGGGCGGAGUUCCACGGAGGCUCGUACGCCCUAAAGAAAGUGGCCAUGAUGAUCAAACCUGCCUAAGCUGAACUGAAAAAACUCAGCAGACAGAAAGAGUGCCACUGUACCUUUUCACAAAGAUGUGACAAUGAGCACUAAAUGAGUUAUUUUUUUCAUUGCGGAUUUAGCCUUAAAGUUUUCUUAAUGUUGUUAGACCAAAGACAUGAUUUGAAUUUUUUCUGAUGCAGUUUUGUAUUCUGGUAUAUAUGCAUUAGACUGAGUUGUGUUUAACUGUCUUAUUGUCUUAUUUUUGUAAAAUUGCAUAUAAAAUUUACAUAUUUUUUUAGUCACUACCAGAAUAUCAUCCAAACUUGAAAAUAAAAGUAAGACAAUA